UUACUAAGGUACAUGGCAAUUGAUCUUGAAACGCGUCACUAAAGGAAAAUGGAGAUGCUUGUGUAAUCCAUGAAUUAGUCAUUCGAAAGGAAAAGGCUGAAUGUCAUAGUGUCUGUGGAAUUAAAAUUAUUUCGAGCUGACACUUGUGAGGUGAAUGGCGGUCGCAGUGGACGUUUACUUUUAAAAUGCCCAGACUGCUUGUGAUCGUUCUAGUGUCCACUUAUUGGGUCUAUUUUAUACACAGCUCAGUUGUGAAACGAUCCGUGUGCAAAGAGAAUGAAAUAAGCGUGGAGUGCGCUCACUGCGGCCCGAAGACUUGCGAAGAUUUAGGACAUCCGAUCAGGUGCGGGGGCGCCACCUCCCUGUGCAAGCCAGAAUGUGUGUGCACAGACGGUUUCGUAAGAGACUCCAACGGGACUUGCAUCCGGAAGAGCGAUUGCAGCAGUUGCGGCGGCGACUACAACGCGACCACAGGGUGCGGCAACCACUGUGGAAACUCAUGUUCAGACUACCAGGACGUGAACAAAACAUGUUUCAGCGGCUGCCGGUACAACAGCUGCGAUUGUAAGGAGGGAUAUGUCUUCCACGAUGAGUACAAAGUGUGUGUCUUACCUGAAGACUGUUGAGCAAUACGAUACGAAUCGCAGAAAAUGAACUUCAAGGAAUUUAGAAAAGAAAAACAAACCAAGUUUUAUUUAGCUUCGAGGAAAGAAAGAUAUAACUGUAAUGACGACUGACCAGCGAGUGUUGUGAAUAUUUAGUACAUUGUUAAGUCAGGAUUUCUUUAGGAAAA